AUGGGAAUGAAGAGAUCAACUGAUAAGAAACAGCAAACCAAAGAAAAUCAGCAUAUUCCCAGGUAUAUCAAGACGCAACCAUGGUACUAUAAAGAUGGUAAUGCAAAGCCAGAAGGCAAAGACGAUGAAGAUUACCUGAAGCACCACCGUAAUAAGGAUCAUACUUUAGAUCAUAAUGAUGAACCUAGUAUUGGUGCUGGUAUUUCUGAUAAAUUCAUAACUACAGAAACCAAAACUCUUAAAACAACAAUGAGUGAUAAUGGAGAUGUUAGGAAAUGUACCAACUGUGGCACAAUGGGUCAUUUAGCCAAGGACUGUUUUGAAAGGCCUAAGAAAUUCAAGAAACUGGAUUCCUAUUCAGGAGAUCAAAUUAAAAUUAGAAAUGACGAAGAAUUAGAUUGGGAUGCCAAGAAGGAUAGAUGGUUCGGUUACGAAGGUAAAGAAUAUAAUGAAUUGUUACAAAAUUGGGAGAACAAGAAGAAAAAUGAACUGAAAAUGCCAUCAAAUGGUGAGAACGAAGUAAAUAUCUGGGAUUCUGAUGAAGAAAUUGAAUUGAUGAAACUAGGAUUGUACAAAGAUUCUGUUGGAUUGUUAAAAAAAGAUGAUUACAAUAAUACUCACUUGAAGAACAGAACAUCCGUUCGUCUUAGAGAAGAUCGUGCGGCAUAUUUGAAUGAUGUUAAUUCCGGUACCAUUAAUUAUGAUCCUAAAUCAAGAAUCUAUAAAAGUGAAGAGUUAGGCUCCAUUGAUGAAAAAUCGAAGAUGUUCCGUAGACAUCUCACUGGUGAAGGUAUAGAAUUGAAUGAAUUGAACAGUUUUACACGUGCACAUGCAAGGCAGACCGGUAUUAGAGAUGAAGUGGAAGAUUCUCAUAAAGUGGAACAUGUGUUGGUCGCCAAUCCCACAAAAUAUGAACAAUUAAUGAGGGAAAAAAAACAAAACCUUCCAACUGAACGACAAAAUGAGGAUAGCACAACGCCACAAUCACCAAUGACUCAAAAACCUGUUGGAACAGCUCAAACCGAAGAAACAAAGGAUGAAUUAAAGAGUUUGUAUGGUUGA